GCCAUUUCUACCACAACGCUGCUGACACUGGCGGUGCUACGGUAGACGAGAAGGGUCAAAUCUCAGUUGGUAAAGGUGUGUUUUGUUUAUUUUAUUGGUGUUCGAGAUACGUAGUAUGCUUGCGAAUACAAAUAUAGUUAAAUGACUAGUUUACUAUUAAGAAGAUUUCUCCAGUUUACUCUUCUUCCAGUUGUCUCGAAACAAAAAUGCACUAGCAUUUAUUUUUGUCGACGUUUCUGUGAGAACACAGAAGGGUGUUCCACAUCUAGAAAUGAAGCAUUGCAUAAAUCCCCCAGGAUUUAUACAAGAACGGGAGAUAAAGGGUGGUCCAACACUUUUACAGGUGAGAGAAGACCAAAAGACGAUUAUGUGUUUGAGGCUUUGGGGACAACAGAUGAGUUGACAUCAGCCAUUGGAUUGGCCAAGGAAUUCUGCAUUGACCAAGGACAUGCGUUUGUGGAAGAACUGGACCGGAUCCAGAGUGUCCUGCAGGAUGUUGGAUCCAAUAUUGCCACGCCUGUAUCAUCAGCCAGAGAUGGCCAUCUAAAGAGAACAAGUUUCAAUGAGAAGCCAGUCCUGGAGUUAGAGCAAUGGAUUGAUAAUUAUACUGCGCAGCUGCCAACUCUGACUAACUUCAUUUUGCCUUCCGGAGGAAAAAGCAGCUGUGCCCUCCAUCUUGCCAGAGCAAUCUGUCGACGAGCAGAGCGUAGUGUGGUUCCUAUUGUCCGUAUGGGAGAAGCUGAUCCCAGUGUUGUCAAGUAUCUUAACAGGCUCAGCGACUACCUGUUCACCUUGGCCAGAUUUGCUGCCAUGAAGGAGCAAAAGCCAGAGCGAGUAUACAGAAGAACUGAAGAGGAAUAAUGUGUUGAAAGAAAGGUUUUACUUUGGUUUUAUUUUGUCUUAAAUGUGUCUUUUUGUUCAGCAUUUACUGUGUUUGUAUAUAAUAUGACAAUAUGGAGGAUGCUUACAUUUUUCUUAAGCACCCCAGUUUAUUGGUGCUGUAAACAAAACAAGGAAAAGAGGUCAUCAAGAAAUGAACAAUGUAGUACAAAGAGACUUUUUAUUUCAGGGUAAACUCUUACAAAUAUACACUUAAAUAAUGUGCAUGUCUAUUUACUAGUUGUACUGUCACAUGUACAGAGGAAGUGAAAUUAAUUGUAUGUUCCACUAACAGACCAUAUGUUGUCACGCUCUGGCACAAAGAUAAACAAGAAUGUAGUAAAAUGGAGAACUUUAUUUAGUAGAAACUUCAAGUCGGCCAAGCAGGUGGUGUCCUUACCCCUGGUUAGUUCCAUUUCUGCUUACUUAAACCUAUGGGGGUGGGGGGCCUGGAGUUAAACACCAAUAAUUUAUUAAAAGCUGCUUUACAUACAGAGACAAACGUACAUGUAUUUUCUACCAAGGAUGUGCCAAUGUUUUAGAUGGAGCGAUAAGACCCAGCCACCUUUGGUCGUUAGGUCCUCUUUGUUUAUAGAUCUCUUUAUCCCUUGCACAUUUCCACAACCACAGUCUUACACCAACCAAACAUAAGACAGACCUCCUCUUUCGGUGGACUGUAGGGGGUCUCAAGUUUUAAAGUCAUAGGUUUUCUCAUUAAUUCAAGUCUAGUUAUUGCACAUUAAUUUCAUGAGGGAGUAGGGUGGUACUAAAUUUGAUACAUGCGGUUUCAAAAGGAGAGGAGCAUGGGAGAAAUCCCUUUUAGCUGACCAAGUUUAAAACUGUCCCCACCCCAAACAGCCCCUGCUUCUCUGUCACAGCCCAGAACAAUGCAAGAACUGCAACAGGUGGUCAGUCUCAUACUUCCCUUUUCCUUGUGAAUAAAAUUCUUGCACUUGAGGCAGUUCCUCAUCUCUAACUGUCUGGGAACAACACACCUUUUCUGGGAGAGGACGAUGACACAUGGUUUGGAGCUGCAAACUAUCAUCCAGCGUUCAGUACAUUAGCUAUAAACCAUUCCUGGGCACACUGGAGACCGCAGUCAGAUGGAACUAAGCAUAUAUGAACGCUCGUGAUUAAUUUAAAAGGACAAGGUGUAGUUACUUGAUGCUUUUAAAAUGUUGAAUAAGGUGACUGUAUUAAAUUAACAAACACAUCCCAAAACAUAAGCUUAGGAAAUAAUAGACUCCAUAAUGCAUUCCACAGUUAGAGGAAGGUGCACUUGCACAGAGCCAGCAGCAAUUUUUACUCCCCCCUCCGAAGACCAGUUUGCUUUUGGAGGUUCUUCUCAGUUCCUCCACUGGCAUAACCAGCCUUCACACCAAGUGUGCAAAAUGCAGCAUGUUAUUUACAAGUAGUGUGUUAUCCAUCCAUCCAUUACCCAACCCCCUAAGAAUAUGAAAUUUUUUGUGAAGUCUCAGUUUAGAAUUAAAAUGCUUGAAACAUUUGUGAAUUUCCCCCUGGGGAUUAAAAAAGUAUCUCUCUCUCUAAGCAACAGUAACAGAAUAUGCAAUUACAGGAUAGCAUUUUGAUACACUUUAUUAAAAAUGGUGUUAGAGCAAAAAUAAACAAAAAAAACUGGCCAACUGUCAACCAGGAAAUCCAUUGCUGCCACAUAUCCAAUUUUUUGUAUAGUUUAAUUAGAGCACUAUAGUAACAAAAUAAAAUUGAUUGGCAGAUGUACAGUUGACAGAUGGGUCCUGGGCAUAAGUACAACUCAGUUAAUCCUAUUUUUAUGAGGUAUGUGGUCAUAGACUUGUACAUCCUUCAUUUUCCAGAAUAAAAAAAAAAUGCACGUACAUGCUUUAUCAAUGUAAUGUAUAUAAAUACAUACAUUCUCUGCAUACUGAUUUAUAAGACUAUUUUGACUAUUACACAAUAAUUCAAUACCGAUAAACUAUUUUUUGUAUGUAUAGAUAAGAGUAGAUGAAUAAAGGCCAGUACAGACAUUAUGUAAAUAUGCUCUUACUACAGCUGUUCAUGUGUAGCCAUUUUUAUACUGCUAUAAGACUUGACUUUUAUAUGAUUUACACUGAAAUUUCAUUAACUAAAAAAAUUAAUUCUCACCAUUCUUACCAAGUAGAACAGACUGCCCAGUGUGACAUCAGUUUCACUCUACUAAAGAAGUUGGUGGCUUUAGAAAUACGGAGAUCAUUUGUGCAACAUUGUGAAUCCUCUCUAAGCCCCUUAGACAUGCAAAAACACCUCCAAUGUUUGUUUCAGAGCAUGCAGGAUUUUUUUUUUUUUUUUUUUAAAUCCCAGUACCAGAAACAGUUUUUUCU